AUGGUGGGUUUUGGGAAGCAGAUUCGUCGAGCAAAACGAGAUUCGUGGGAUGCAGCAUAUCUCGAUUACGAUCGAUUGAAGGCUAUCAUAAAUGAUGCGGAGAAUACGCUUCUCAUGGAUGAGAAUGAGCAGCUCUUGGAAGUAGAAGGCGCACCUCUGACCUCUACACCAACAACUUAUCAGAACUUAUCGAAAUCUGAACGCUUGAAGUGGCUUAAGGGAUCAUUUUUCCGAGAGCUCACUCUUGAGGUGGAAAAGAUCUCCUUGUUCACCUUGCAACAACAAGGAAAACUCGCUGAUGAAGUUGGCGCAAUAAGAUUCGAAUCUACACACUUAUUUCAAAAUAGCAACUCGGCCUUGUUGAGAACUGCAGCCAUACACAACCACAAAUUGUAUCGGCAUCUUGCCGUCGGCACGGAAUUCCUACAUUUGCUCAGAUUCAUAUGUCUGAAUUCGAUUGGCACAAGAAAGAUUCUUAAGAAAUACAACAAAACAAUGGAACGAAAGAAUGAGACUCACUCAUAUGUCAUUGAAGAAAACCACCUUCAACAACUGUCACUUUCCAGAAGCAUCAUUGCUAUUCAAAACUCUUUGCAGCUUGAGUUCAAUCAAUUUUACUUUGACCUGCUCCAGGCUCCUACUAUCGACAAUGAAGUUGCAAUUCAGGUUGUUCGACUGAAAAAUAUCAUUGAUUGCGCACAAAGCAUCCAACGCUACGCAGAAAUCAUGCAGCAGCCCUUUAUGAACUUUCUAUCACAAUCAUCCAUGAUUGGAACUACAGUCAACUUUGGUGGAAUGGAUCGUGCCAGCAAUGAAGCCAUGAAGUGGCUGGUCGAACUUGAUCCAGAAGGUCUCAUGAACAUGAGUGAGCUAGAGCUGCAGGAAUCAGGCUAUCGGUGGCCAACACCUCCUUCUGAAAAAGAACCAGCAAGAGAAAGACCGCAGCUACAGCGCCAAGCGUUAUCAACAAUUGAGGAAGAAAUGACAAUCUUAGAAUCCCAUUCAUUCACCAUGGAAGAGGACUUGGACAACAAGUUGUAUUGGGGUGGUGUCGACCGGAAGAGCAUGAUCCUGAAUCUACUUUCGAAGCUACUCUACACUGUAAACUACUAUUGUAUUGCGCCAACAGCAAACCGGUACGCAAUCAACUUGGGACUGGAUGGAGCAUUUGGAGCGACGCUUAUUGGUGCAAGUUCUGUUUCUGCCCUUUUCACCGCUUUCAUUUUCUCCUACUGGUGUACACGGUCCACCUUCAAGUCAGCGCUGGUAUUCUCGGCUGUUUGCCCCGUAUUCGGGAAUCUUCUGUAUGCCGUAGCUAUUUCGUGUAAUUCGAUGAAAAUGGCGGUUGUCGGUCGACUCCUUGUUGGGUUUGGUUCGGCAGAAGUUGUCAACCGGCAGUUGAUUUCUGGCUGCGUUAGCUUUGAGAAUCUGACGAGGGCGAGCGUUCUAUUUGUCAUCUCCGAUGCAGCUGGGAUGAGCAUUGGUCCCAUGUUGGCCGCGAUUCUGGAUACAUUUUCCGGUCGGGACAUUGAUGUCAACUUAUCUCUUCCAUUUCUUCCAGCAGGAGGCUUGAUCUACAACAACGUAACGAGUCCUGGCUACAUUAUGAGUGUACUGUGGUUCCUAGAAUUGAUGGCAUUGCUUUUCUUGUUUCGAGAACCAGCUAGAGUGAACGAGGACGAAAAUGAUUCUGGUGGAAUUGCCAGCUCCCACAAGGACAGUUCGAAUGACAAUCGUCUAGUUGAAAAUGGAGACGGCGCAACACCAACGCAACUUAAAGGAUAUGGUUCAAUUGUUUCCCAAGAUUCGUCAUUGGCUCAGUCUGAGAGAGUCUCUAUCACCAAGUUAAUAUUCAAGAACCCAGGCCUGCCUCUCACGAUUAUGCUGUUCGGAUAUAUUGAGAUGACAUGUGAGAUUCUCAUUUCUUCUUGCUCCAUGAUCGUUCGGCGAUACUUUGGGUGGCAUGGUAACAGAGCCGGCCUUCUGCUCGCGUGCCUUGGUGCCCUUGUGUUGCCAGCUCAUUUUGUGGUGGAGAAGGCGUCUCAUUAUUAUUCCGAAAGAAGAAUCUUGUUUUUCUCGCUGCUUUUCGUUUGCCUGUGCUUCUGUGGAAUCUUCAACUGGACGGCGGUGUACUAUGACAUUGUCGGCGGUUAUGAAGUUUCGCACAGAGGCAUGUCAAACUCAACGAUUUUUGACACAAAAAUUGGAAACGAAGAUAUCUCUCAAUUGCUCACAAAAAAAGGGGAGUUUCGUUAUGAAUUCGAUGCUGGUCCCUACAUUUACAUUACGUUCCUAUCAGCUAUUUUUAUCGGCACGAUUGUGAUGGAAGGCGUCGAUACUUCCAUAAUGGCCAAAGUCACUCCAGCCAAACUCAAUAGCAGCUUCCUUAACGCUGGAUUGCUUACAACGUUGGUAGGGACUUUGGGAAGGGUUUUUGCUGAUGUUAUCAUCACAUGCAGUGCAUUGCUUGACCGCCAUAUAUUUGUUGACUUCGUGACGGUAACCUUCUUGCCCUUGCUGGUGAUGGCGGUCAUUGGUCUUGUUGCUGUGAACACAUUAUAUCGACAUCUAGCUUCCUCAUGA